GAGGGAUUUGCUGGGUACUUAAAUGUCCCCUUCCCUUCCCAAGGGGGUUCUGUGCUUUUGGGUUUUCCCAGGAAGAGGAGUCUGCUGCGUCCAUCCCUGCUGGAAUCUGUACAGCCCCAGGGAUUUCCUGAUGCCCUGACCCUGCACUGCUGGGCACCUCUGCGCUUUGAAGGCAACAAGCAGAAUUGUGAGAUUUUUCUUUUUCCCCCUAAAUUUCACAAACCCUCCGUUUUUGGCUGCGAAGGGAGCAGCAGCUGGUGUGGAGAUGGGGAACAUGGACGGGAAAGCCGUGGAGGAGCUGAGCACCACCGAGUGCCACCAGUGGUACAAGAAGUUCAUGACGGAGUGUCCCUCUGGCCAGCUCACCCUCUACGAGUUCAAACAGUUUUUUGGCUUGAAAAACCUGAGUCCGGCAGCGAACAAAUACGUUGAGCAAAUGUUUGAGACGUUUGACUUUAAUAAGGAUGGCUACAUAGAUUUUAUGGAGUACGUGGCAGCCCUGAGCCUGGUGCUGAAGGGGAAGGUGGAUCAGAAGCUGAGGUGGUAUUUCAAGCUCUACGACGUGGAUGGCAACGGCUGCAUCGACCGGGCUGAGCUGCUGAACAUCAUCAAGGCCAUUCGCUCCAUCAACCGCUGCAACGAGACGAUGACGGCGGAGGAGUUCACGGACAUGGUGUUCAACAAAAUCGACAUCAACGGAGACGGCGAGCUGUCCCUGGAGGAGUUCAUGGAGGGCGUGCAGAAGGACGAGAUGCUGCUGGACAUCCUCACCCGCAGCCUGGACCUGACCCACAUCGUGCGGCUGAUCCAGAACGACGGCAAGAACCCCCACGAGGCCGGGCAGGACGCCCAGGCUGCCCAGUAGCUCCCUCGGCCCUCCCUCGGCCUCCCCCGGCACUGGCACCGGCACUCGGAGGGGCUGUGGGGCUGCGCUCCCCACUGGCAGAGCUGUCCCCUCGCAGGGACCGGGCUGUGACGCCCCGGGCAGCGGGAGGAGAGGCCCCUGCAGGGAGGGGUGCAGAGCUGGGCUCGUCCCGCACGGAGCUGGCACGGCCUCUGGACUGAGCUCAGAGAGGGGACAGCCAGUGCUCCCCGGGCAGAGGGGCAGCGCGAGGCUGUGCGGGCCAAGAACACACCGAGAACACCCCAAAACUGCCACCGAGGCCGUGGCCAACGCCCCCCCAGCGGGGUCCAACCAGGGGCUGCCCAGGACUUGGCCCCGGGGAGAGGGGUCCUGGAAACGCAGAUCUAAACCUUCUCCUUCCAUUUGAAUUUCCAGAGCGAGCAAUUCCAGCUCUGGUCACUCCUUCCUUCACUCAUCGUUUGGCCAGCAGUGAGUAGUGAUAAUGUGAGUCAAAACAUUUGGGAGCUAGCAGGAGGGGAGGGGUGAAUGCAGUGGCUUUGCUUUGUUUGAAAGCAUUUAAAACAUCGAAUGGUGCCUUUUUUCAACCACCCCCUGGACUGUAAGGAAGUGUUUCUCCCUGAAGCCUCUGGGAGGAGGGAAGUGCUCCCAGAUAAGCCGAAUCAGCACUGCAGUGAGCUGGCAGGGAGCUGCAGGACCAUUCCUGCCGGUGUGACACCUGCAAACCAGCACCAGGAGGCUUCCACCCCUCUCUACAGAGGGUGAGACCAGCCCAGAGGGGCACCCGAGGAUUCCUGCCAGGCCCAGCAGCUGGGUGGGAUCGGGGCAGUGCCUGAUCAGCCCCAGGCCCCCUCUGUGCAGUCCUCGGGCAGAGAGCACAGCCCGGGCAGGGCUGCCAGCCCCACAACAGCCCCGGCUCCUGCAGGGAGCUCCUCAGCCCGGGGAGCACUCCCAGGCGUGGUGAGGCAACACAGGACGCCAGGAAGGACUUCUUGCCCAGCUGAGAGCUUUGUUGUUUAGCACUGGGUGUCUGCAAUUCAUCAGCAGCUUCCUGACCAUUUGCCCUGUGCGUCUUUUCCAGUUUUACCUGGAAGCUUUUGUACUUCCAGGCCUAUGGUGAGCUAAUAAAGAUGUUUUACAAUAUUA